UUGACUUUUCGGGUGUUUCCAAAAAUUGUUUGCAAUAUACGCCAUCUAAGUUGGUAUAUUGCAUCUCUCAUGAAGCAUUAUAAAGAUUUAUUCUGAAGUUUUAAGCAUAGGAUAAUAGAAAUUAUAUACUUAUUUCUUCUGAUUUUGUACUAUUACAUUAAGUGGAAUGGAGCGAAGUAUUCAUGAAAUGUUGAAAGAUGCUCCAUCUUUAAAUGAUAGUGAUAGUGCAGUUCAUAGUGGAACCCCUCCACCUCAUGUACCAAAUAAUUGCAAUAAUGAUAGCCAACCUAGACCAGCUACAAUAAAUUUAACUUUGGGUAGUCCUACAUCUCAAAUGUCUAUAACAGUAUCUCCAAAUACACCCAUUCAAAAUGGUGAUACACAAACAAUGCGUACUGCUCAAAGUAAAAUUGAAAGCAUUAAAAAUUGGAGUAUUUCUACAUAUAAGUGUACAAGACAACUGAUGUAUGAAAAACUUGGAAAAACAUCCCGUACAGUAGAUUCAGAACUUGAAACCCAAAUUGAGUUAUUAAGAGAUACUCAAAGAAAGUAUUGUAAUGUUUUACGGUUAUCAAGAGCAUUAGCUUCUCAUUUUCAUCAUGUUGUUCAAACUCAACAUGCUUUAGGAGAAGCAUUCUCUGAGCUAGCACAGAAAUCUCCAGAAUUACAAGAAGAAUUUUUAUAUAAUUCAGAAACUCAAAGAAAUUUAACUAAAAAUGGUGAAACAUUAUUAGGGGCCUUAAAUUUUUUUGUUUCUUCAGUAAAUACACUUUGUAAUAAAACUAUUGAAGAUACAUUAUUUACAGUACGGCAAUAUGAAACAGCAAGAAUAGAAUAUGAUGCCUAUAGGACAGAUCUUGAAGCAUUAGCACAAGUAACAAAAAACGAUAGUAGCAAUGCAGCAAGAUUAGAAGCAGCACAGGCUAAUUAUGAAGAACAUAAACAAAAUUUUGAAAAAUUAAGAUCAGAUGUUUCGAUUAAACUUAAAUUUUUAGAUGAAAAUAGAAUCAAGGUAAUGCACAAACAAUUAUUAUUAUUUCACAAUGCAGUAUCUGCUUAUUUUUCUGGAAAUCAAACUGCACUGGAAGCCACACUGAAACAAUUUAAUAUAAAGGUUAAAUCUCCAAAUUCAUCUUUACCAUCAUGGCUUGAACAGUAGUUACAUUAGAAGAAAUAAAUUUAAAUAAUCAGAUAAACAUGAAUAAAAAAUACAUUCGUCCAUACGAAUUUUUCCUCAAAAA